AUGCACAGAUCGAAUAGUCAGAGGGCCAAUUCACAGCGUCCAUACUCUUUAAACAAUCCGUUCAGAAACGCUUCGGUUGAUUCCAGUAUAAAUCAAUACGAAACAGACACAGAUUUCCAGAAUUGGGUUUCCCAAAACACAAAGCCUAUGCCAUAUGCUACUGGCAGAAGAAAUGAUUCCAGUCUAAGUUUCACCGAUUCUAUCAAUGAAACCCCUGAAGAAGAAGAUCACAACACAGAAGAUUAUUUCAUCGACCUAAACACUACUAAGGAUGUACCAAGAACGUCUCGCGAAGCGAUUAACCGUAACAACACUAUGUCUCCUGUUCCGCGCGCAAACUCAAACAACCCGUUCUUGAAUGAUUUGACUGAACAAGAGAUAAAUAAAGGUUCUGCGGUUUCCAGAACUCAUUCCCAAAAACAAACUCAACCUCCACCAGCACCCCAGACCUCGAAGAACCAUAUGACCUCCUCUGAAGAAAAAGAAGCAUUAAGAAGACGAUACCUGCAAAUUGACAACGAGGACAUUGCUUCUCCUCCUCGUAGGAGCUCCCAUAGAAAUAACAGUGCAACUGGUGAGAUGCCACCUUCAUACGACGAAGUGGCGGGCUCUAAAGGUAGAAACGCUGGCUAUCCAAAGGAGAAGUCAUCCAGCGAGAGCCGUUCACGUCACGAUAGGGAAAGAGAGCCUAGAUAUGGUGAUAGAGAAAGAGACAGAGACAGAGAAAGAAGGCAACACCGUUCAGAUUCUGGGAAUGCGACCAGUUCGCGUCGUCAUAGAAAAUCUUCUGGGGGGAAAAAAUCAAGUUCAUCUCCUGAGAGGAAAACUAAAAGUAAAGGUCCAUUACCUAAAAACGUUGAUACCAUUGAUAAGUUAGAUGUUACUGGGUUGUUUGGAGGUGCUUUCCAUCAUGACGGUCCUUUUGAUGCGUGUACACCACACCGAAACAAGAAUGCGAAGGCCGCUCCAGUGAUGGCUUUCCCUGCAGAUGGUCCAAAUUCUAGUAUUGCUGGCCCAACUGGGAACAAGUCCUUUAUCAAAGAAGUGUUUGGCCAUAACGAUGUUGAUGACGAUGACUAUUUAUAUAAAUCAAACGGUAAAGUCAUUGUAAAUUCGAGUUCAUCCACAGUAGAUGCAAUCAAGCCAAAUUCUAACAGUAUUACACAAUUCGAUCCUAAGAUGAAAACAGAAUUGGUUCACGGACCUACCACGGCAGGUUUGGGUUCCACGACAUUCUUAGAUGGUGCCCCAGCUGCCACUGCUCUAGUUAGAGAUGAUGCUGGCCAAAAAGAAUAUGGCGGAAUACAAAGAAAGAAAUCUCUUUCGCAAAGACUAAAAGUUGGUACAAGCAGAACCGAUGAUGUUAGACUAAGGAAAGUUUCCUCAGAUUCAACACCAAAUUCACCUUCGAUGCUUGACCAAAGUGAUAGUUUUGAAAGACCUCGUGCUGGUAAUUUCAAUGGCAAUGACGAUGACGAAUAUUUCUUGGAUGGUAACUCAUCUGGUGUACGUUUUGAUCAGAAUUCAAAGAAAGAAUCUACAGGUAACAAACUAUUAAGAAGGGUUAAGAGUUUGAAGGUUAGUAGGAAAUAA